UCAACUCAUUGAAAAGUGAAUUGAACUGUCAAAAUUGACAAUCAUGACCGAAAAUAAAUCAUAAAUAAUGUGAUUCGAAUCCAGUGAUCUUUGAUCUCAUUGAAAUUUUCCACCAGUACAACUGAUAAAUAAAAAAUGGCAGAGGAUCCAUUCGUCGAAAAGCUCUUCGUCUUCAAAUUUCCCACGUGCACAACGAACGAAGACUACACCCUGGAAAUUCCGAUAAAAAUACCCUAUCGUGGCAAUGUCACAGAGUUCGCCUAUCGAAUAAUGUCGUCAUUCAAGCUGCCCCCGUACGUAGAAACAGACCUGAUGAAUUCACUCGAUGAAACCGUGGACAAAUGGACUCAGGAGUAUUACGACGAGCGAGACGACAAACUGAUUGAUGCUGCGAUCAAUGGGGAACUCGAUGUUGAGAGGAUAGUGAAGGAUUGGGAGAAGGCGUACAAGACGAAGACGGUCGAGUACGCCGAGCCCAUUGGGACCACUGACGAGGAGCUUUUCGCUGCUGCCUAUCACAGGCUCGUACACUCGCCUUCCUUGGAGCCUAUUCUCCAGGCUGAGCAUAAAUAUGGGAAGGACGUCACCGAAGUUAUUCAGAUAAGGGAUGGGGAAUACGAACAGCUGACGCAAAAACAAACUGACGAGAUGAAAGUGGCAGUCGAGGCCCUGGAGGCAGGAUCCACUGAGAGAUCAAUAAACGAAAUGGCAGCGAGACACUUUGAGGAACAAAGUUUAUUGCAAGGUCACUGGGGUUCGAGAGUUGACGCGCUUAAAUUGGAACAACGUCGUCAAUAUCGUAAUUGGAUCAUGAGAUUACUCGAGGAACAGCAGACUAAUAUGUUACCAACACCGGUCGAAUCUCCAAUGGUACCAAUGCCUCUAGUACCCGAGCUCUUAUCAAAUAACGAUAAUAAGACAGUCAAAAACACCUCAGACCUCCCACAAUUGGAAGAAAGCUUCACGAUACAUCUAGGCUCUCAAAUGAAGCAGAUGCAUAACAUCAGGAUUUUGACAGGAGAUGUUCUAGAUUUUUGUAGAACGAAAAAUAAUGGAAACAUGGAGCCAACUCCACAAAGAUUACAGACAGCUCUCGGAUUAUACUCCAACGACCUUUGUGGCCUAGUUCUUCUGAGUGACAAUCAUUUGGGAAGCUACUCUGGCAUCACCAAAGAGCUGAGUUCUAUCUGUCAACUGACUACUGAAUUUCAUUUCCCUCCGAUCGACGAGCAACUGGAAAAAAUCAAGGAGGAUGUCAAAGAGGCUGUUGCGUGGAGGCAGACGCACCAUCGAGAGGGGAGUGAUAAUCAGGUCAAAAAAUCAACGUCUAGUAGAUCGCUGCAGACUGGCGAUGUUUUUAUCACGAGGCAUUCUAAUUUGGCGCAAGUUCAUGUCGUCUUUCAUAUGGUUGUCAACGAUUCAUUACGUUCAGGAGAUAUCAACUCAAGACAUCCGGCCAUUUUGGGGCUGAGGAAUAUUCUGAAAACAGCUUGUGUUAAUGACGUUACAACGAUCACGAUUCCAGUAUUACUUGUCCAUGAAAUGACAGAAGAUAUGACUGUCGCCUGGUGUACAAAACGUGCAGAGCUUGUAUUCAAAUGUGUGAAAGGAUUUAUGAUAGAAAUGGCCUCUUGGGGAGGGGCUGAACUAAAAAAUCUACAGUUUCUAGUUCCAAAGGGAAUGUCUGAAGAAGUUUUUGGUACACUAGCUACAAUGCUCCCAAGUAUAUUCCGAGUAUCAAAUCCACUGGUUUUCAAGGCGAAUGGUGCUCCAAACACACCGAAGAAAUGAAUUCUCAAAUUAAUUAAUUCCAAUUAUCAGAAAUGUUUUUUCUUCUCGAAUUGAUAUAUGCAUUUAUUUUGCUAUAAGGUAUCGCCUCGUUUGCUCAAAAUUGAACAAUUUCUUGCGAUGAAUGUGAUAAGAUGCCUGUUUAAUAAAUAAAUAUAUAAUUAAAAAACAA